AUGACAACAAAACAAGAUCAAUUUAAUAUGUUCUUUAAACACGUUACUGUAUUCUACUCACCAUCUUACUUCUCGUGUAAUUCCAUAUUGGGUCUAAUCUUCACCCUGCCAUCUAUCGUCAACCUUAUAAAGCCUCUGUUCGGUAUCGAGGCGCCUCGUAUAUUGCCUUUCUUCUACUGGCUACCAUUCGAUCCUUACCAGGAAGUCAUAUUUGAAGUCGUGAUUCUCAAAACAUCCUGGUCCUACUUCACUCUCCUAAUUAAUUUGUAUAAGAGAUAA